AUGCCAUUUGUAGGCUCUGGUGCAUCAGCUUGUCGCAAUCAGUUCAACUUUCCAAGGAACAACUUUGACAUCUACGAAAACCGUUGCCACUGGUUCUCACAUAGAAGGGUCAAGAGAACGUACGCGCAAGCUGAGCGAUUUUGUGCGGACCGAGGAGGGAGACUGGUAACAAUCAAGACCUCCAAUAAGCAAGAUUUUCUUGCAGGAUUCAAGGACUUGAAAGUGAAACGUGCGAGAAGAAGUAACUUUUGGAUCGGCCUGGACGACUUGCGGAGAGAAAACAUCAUGGAAUGGAGCGAUGGGACAACUUUGAGCAACGGCAACUACAACAACUGGAAAUUUCCACCCAGACGUCACAAGAAACGCGACUGUGCAGCAAUACAUCGCUCAAACCUUCAAUGGGUUUUGGUCAACUGCAGGAUGAAGUUUCCAUUCAUCUGUGAGAUGGAUGACACCAUGAUCUGAAGGCUUGGCUGGACAGCCAAAAGUCACAUGGAAAAAAAAACAGUGCAGGACUUUAUGGUUAACAAGGUCUUAUCAACCUUGUUAAUCUUUUUAUCUUCUUUUUCUUU